AUGAGAACAACUACAUUGAUAGUAUUGACUGCUAUUACACUCCUAUUGGGAACUGCUGCUAUUUACUAAAUAUCAAAACCCAAGUAAAAUUUAAGUUGGACAAAAUGCUUAAGAUUUGAUUAGAUACCAAACUCUAAAGGUAUAAUUCAAUUCUAUGCUGAGAAUAUUUGUGACUAACGUUAUCAAUAUUCCCUUUAAAUGGUUAGUGAUCAAGGUAGAGGAUCAGCCUAUCAAAUUGACGUUCCUUGCUUGAAAAAAGGACAAAAAUACCUUCUCAAAGAUUAUUAAUAGUAUGAUUUGCUUAAUGAAAGCGAAUAUGAUUGCUGA